AUGGCCGCGUCCACCCGGUCCGUCUGCGCCAGUGACCUGAGCUAUGACAGCCGUGCCUGCCUGCCAGGUUCUAGUGACUCUUGCACCAGGUCCUCCUGGCAGGUGGACGACUGUCCAGAGAGCUGCUGUGAGCCCUCCUGCUGUGCCCCCAGCUGCUGCCAGCCCUCCUGCUGUGUCCCCAGCUGCUGCCAGCCCACCUGCUGUGUCCCCAGCUGCAGCCAGCCCACCUGCUGUGCCCCCAGCUGCUGCCAGCCCUGCUGCUGUGUCCCCAGCUGCAGCCAGCCCACCUGCUGUGUCCCCAGCUGCUGCCAGCCCCCCUGCUGUGUUCCCACCUGUGGCCCGUCCACCUGCUGUGCCCCUAGUUUCUGUGCUGUGGUCCCCACCCAGACUCUCAUCUGCACCCCAGUGAGCUGUGUGUCCAGCACCUGCUGCCAGGCCACCUGUGGGUCCAGCCCCUGCCAGUCAGCCUGCAGCAGCUCCUGCACAUCCUCGUGCUGCCAGCAGGCCUGCUGUGUGCCCGUGUGCUGCAGGCCCGUCUGUGGCACAUCCGUGUGCUGCAGGCCAAUCUGUGGCACAUCCGUGUGCUGCAGGCCCGUCUGUGGCACAUCCGUGUGCUGCAGGCCCGUCUGUGGCACAUCCGUGUGCUGCAGGCCCGUCUGUGGCACAUCCGUGUGCUGCAGGCCCGUCUGUGGCACAUCCGUGUGCUGCAGGCCCGUCUGUGGCACAUCCGUGUGCUGCAGGCCCGUCUGUGGCACAUCCGUGUGCUGCAAGUCCAUGUGA